AUGAUUGUGUGCCAGCAGCAGCUACCUGCUGGAGUUGCUCUUAGGGCACAAAAAGACCUUUUCAACUUUUGCUUCAGCUUUGACUCAUCACUCAUGUCCCGUUGUUCUGUUACAUUAGGACAGCAGAAGAUUCAGAACACACCAGCUCAGCUCCAGUCCUCGCACACUGUCCACUCUUCCGCUCUACUACCCUGCUCCGUCUCCAUGCAUGGGAUGGGCAGUCAAAGAAGGCUUCUCCUCCUCCUGGCUCUCCUCCUGCUGACGCUGGUCGCCGGAGAAGGCGACGGCGCACUGUCCGCCGCCGGCACGGACGGAGCCAAUGCCACCGACGCGAGGUCGCCGGCCGGCGCGCCACUCGACGUGCGGGCAAGAAAGUGGUGGCGGUUCCCGGCGACGGAGGGCCUCGUGGGCAGCGAGCGGCGGGUGCCCAACUCGUCGGACCCCCUCCACAACCGCUGA